AUGGGGCGCAUAGAAUCGGAUGAUGCUGUGCACAGCACUGUGUUGACUGAGGUAUUCGACUCGGUGUUAUCAAAUAUCAGGGAUACAGGAUUCUGGUACGUGAGCAUGCCUAAUGCGGCAUUCUGGCUGACGAAUGUGGGUGGAAGGGAGAAGCUGGGCCUAUACAACAAAAUCGACGAACAUACACCCGCUCAUAUCGCACCGCAUUUUCCGAAAUGCGCUGACCUCGACCAGUGCCGCACGUACUUGUGCCGCGGUGGUGAGCCUAUACCUAUUAAAAAAGACGGUUCUAUGGGAGUGUCUCCCCACAAGUGGUGUCCCAGUAACGAAGUGCCCUUAGCCAUUUAUACACAGACUGGUAUUCAAGAUAGUCAGUCUACGCAUAUUGAACGUAUCAUAGGAGAUGAUACACCUAGAAAUACAAUUGAGCUUGAGGGCGAGGCCGUCUGUGACGUACUGCACCGAUUCAAUAUUACUUUGCCUAUAAUUGGCGCUCUAGAGCCGGUGUACCCAGAAUGCGUGCUGUUCAGUGGCGACCGUACUAGGUGCGACAAGAGUUACAAUGCGUAG